AGUUUCCCCGCACUUUACGCAGCGGGCACGAAAACUAACGCGUGUUGAAACGAACUGCGCCAAAGUGCGAAGCGGCGUUCGCGCUGUGCAGCCUCCUGUGCAGCGGCUCAGGUGCUGCAGCGUCAACGUGUUUUGGAGGAGCCUACGCAGCUGUAGUAGAGCGUGAAGAGGGGGUGUGUAGCCUGAAAACGGCUCGGGGGGAGCUGCGCACUUUAUUUAGGUUACGGGAGCGAGCGAAGCCGAGCCGAGCCGAGCCGAGCGGCGGCUCCGUAUGCGCGCGGAGCCGCCGUGCAGUGUCACGGGCGCCGUGGGCUCCGCGGGAGACGUCGUGGACACCAAAACAAGGAGAAUGGCGACAUAUGGCGACGCGUCCAGCCCGCGUGCGCACAUGGGUAACGUGGAGUAUCUACUGAAAUGGCAGGGAUGGCCCCCAAAAUACAGCACUUGGGAACCAGAGGACAACAUCCUGGACCCGCGUCUGGUUCUGGCCUACGAAGAGCAUCAGGAGAAGAUCAGAGCUCUGGCCUAUCGCAGGAAAGGCCUGCGGCCGCGGAGCCUCGUUCUGCGGAACGUCUUCGCCAUGGACCUCCGCAGCGCCCACAAGAUGGCGGAGAAGCCGCCCCCCCGCCUGCGCCUCUCCCUCACGCGCUCCAUGAGCACCGACGUGGACCAGGGCGAGCACGCCAUGUACCGCCGGCCCGGCCGGAGGAGGAUCCGGCACCGGGCCGGCGGGAAACGGGGCCCGUCCAUCAAACACGUGCGCCCGCUGAGGACCCGGGAGAAGCCCAUGGAGGAGGACUGGAGCGGCACCAGCGAAGAAGAGAAGCACGAGUGUGAGAGCGCCGAGGAGCGCCGCGAAGACAGCGUAUACGGUCGGUCUGAGUGCAGCUCUCCGCCGCUGCUGGAGCGACAGGACUUGGAGCUGGAGGUGGAGGAGCAGGCCGACGUGGAGCUGACGGCGGCGGCGCCGUGGAGCGACAGGCCGGGCGGGGCGGCGCCGACUCAAACGUUGGCCUGCGACCCAACCAUGGACAGCGUCUCGGCGCGCGUGGCCGGGCCGGGGGAUGCGGUUGCCCCCGGCGACGCGCCCGCCCCCCACAGCGGCGAGGAGGAGUCGGGGCCUGGUCCCAGGUCAGAGAGGAACAACACGGCCUCCGUCAUAGUGAGGGUCCAGAGGAGCGGCGAGACGGCAGGGGGUGACAAUCAGGGCGUUACCACGGCGACGGCGGAGCAUCCCGGGAAGGUGAUCGUGACAGACGUGACCAUUAACUCGCUGACAGUGACUUUUAAAGAAGCCAUGACGGCGGAGGGCUUCUUUAAGGGCCACUGAGCCGCUCGCCGCGAGGUAAUGAUUAGACUUGCCACUCAUUUUCUACUGUUUGUAGUCGUGUGUGUUAGAUAAUUCUCCAUGUUUACAGAGCUACACUCAUUUCCUACUGAGUUACAUGAAGACAUUAAUGCCUUUGAAUAAAAAGUGAGUGGUAAUUUUAUCAUUGUGGCUCAUUUGUUAAGAGGAAGCGGCCGCUCCUGUCAUCUAGCGGGCCGCUGGCGUCCUUCCCGGGGACGCCCGUCCACACAACUACUUCCAUGCAGCUGCGUUUCCAGGGCCCCGUGCUCUCCGGCCGACGCGGGUUCACGCGGGGCCUGUUUUUUGGGGGCCUGUUUCCGACGCUCCUCUUUCUUACCGAUGUUUUGUACCGACGCCGCUCUCGUCUCUCAGCAUUGGCUCGGAGCUAACGCAUGGCCUGUCUGUCUGUGUGCACGUGCACAAGCCCCGUCCCGUGGUUUAGUGAGCAGGUUUAUUUCUGUCACAAAAGAAAUAAAACAACGAUGACGUUCCGCUUUCCGAGGAGAGAAGCUCUAAAAGAAGAACCGUCUGUCUGUCCUUUUACUUUUCAAGUAUGAAAUGCUCCCUGGUUCUAUUUUUGUAUUACCAAUUGUUAGUCCACUCUUUUCUCUCGCCUUUCAAAGGAGGAGAUCUCACUUUACCACCGCUGUUAACACUGUGUAGAGUGAUGCUACGGAAGCUAACGUGUGUUAGGUCAGGCUGUAGUGAGCUGUUAUUUAUUGCAUGUCACAUGUAUAAGCUAAACUAACUUAAUGUUUCUGAAUCAGUCUCUCUGUGACAAACGUGAACUGUCAACAUGUCUUCUAUCUGCAAAUGAAUGAUUUUUAUUUGACUGCAUUUCCAAUAAAGACCUAUUACAACCAC